CUCUCGAGGCAUCGCUUUGUUCAUGGCGUCGCUUUUGUUGAUUUGGAAAAGACGGCAUUUAUUUGGAUAACAAAUAGGUGAGAUGGACGCUGCUGAGGAGGAGGAGCAGAUGUACCGGGUUGUCAAGAAUGACCUUGACAACCUCAUCUCCUCCAUUUUGGAACAGGAGCCGGACGAGGACCCUGAUGAGCUCAAUGUGUUCAACACCCAGGUCCGGCAGAUAGAACGGAAACAACGGGAGAUAAAUAGAAUAUUUCCAAGAGUGUCAAGACCAUUUGGACAAAUAUCAGGAGACCCUCCGACUGGAGCAGGAAGAUGAGGAUGAGAGACAGAAGGAGGCGGAAGCAGCUGUAGCUGAGGCACAGGAAACCGAACGGAAGCAGAAGUUGCGUGAAGCAGAGGAGGCAGCAGAGGUUCUAAAUCUUGUGGAGGACAGUGAUGAUGAUAUUGAAAUCAUUGGGUCAUCUUUUGAUCCAAAUGUUGCUGCCAAUAGAAAGGCAAUCAUCAAGGCACACAUGGCUGCCAGGCCUGCUGCCAAACAACCAGUCAAGCAAGCAGAUGCACCAGCAUCACAACCUGAGACACCUACUCUCACACAGAAUGUCAUCACCCCUAUGGCAGCUGGAGUGUCAGGCCAGGUGUCCGUGGCUCACCUGAGAGCUAUCCUCACAGAGGCUAUCAACAAACAGAUGCCAGGCUCACAGGCACAUGCUCAGUCUCAGGCUCAACUUCUACAGCUACAACAGCAAGCCCAGAAGGGUGAGUUGUCUCCCCUGCAGAAGCAACUCAACACCACCAUCACAUGCACAGUUCCCAAGACAGGACCUGUUGCAAUCCUGCCCAAAGUUUCUACAAAAUCUAAAAGCUCAUCUUCAACUCAGGACUGGAAAGAGGUGGAAAUUACGGCUAAAGUUCUUGCCAAGAAGUUCAAUGAUAUCUGGUACUCGGGCACAAUAACUGACAUUGUCAACAAGUUGGAUCCACCAGAUGUGAGAAAAUAUAAGGUGAAGUUUGAUGGCAAGGGCAUGAAGAUUCUCUCUGGGAAGCAUAUUGCUUACAGGGAUCCAAUACAUGUAGUGCUGAAGGUGGGAUCAAGAUGUGUUGCCCUGUAUCGAGAUGAUGAAGCAAAUGGUCCCAAUUCCUUCUAUGCUGGGAUUGUGGCCGAGGCGCCAAGUGUCAAGAACCAAAAACGAUAUCUGAUAUUCUUUGACGAUGGGUAUGCACAGUAUUGUUACCCCAAGGAGAUUCACAAGGUCUGCCAUCAAAGUGACAAUGUGUGGGAAGAUAUUCACCCAGAUUCUCAGGAAUUUAUCAAAGAAUACCUCAAACAGUACCCAGAGAGGCCGAUGGUGCGUCUGUUGAAGGGUCAGGUUGUCAGGACCGAGUGGAACGGAAAGUGGUGGACAGCUAAGGUGAUGGAAGUGGAUGCUAGCCUGGUGAAGAUGUUCUUCCAGGCUGACAAGCGAACUGAGUCGAUAUACAGAGGGUCUACCAGACUGGAACCUUUGUUUAAGGCACUGGCCAAUGCAGAGGCUAUCAAGGCAGCAGGAAGCAGCAAGGCUAGGCGCCACAAUCUGGAUCCUAAGGCCAACAGGAAACCCUUGGUUGAGUAUACCCGGGGGGUGUCCGAAGAAAUCUCCAAUAAAUCCAUGAACAAGCCAGCAACCCCACCUGUUGCCUCUACCCCAAUAUCCAUAGCACCUACCCUUCCCCCACCCCAGGCUCUGGGCCCAGGGUACAACCAGAAUCACCCUGCUGUCCAAGCGUACCUCCAGGCCCGAGAAGCCGGUACACAGCGGGCCCAACUGGCUACAACCAUUACCACCAUGGGGGGAGAACACAAGAAACGUCCUGUUGCAAAGAAGAGCACUGGCAGCCGCCCCAUCCCUGUUCCUCCACCCGUGACAACGUCUGCAUGGGAAGCCCCUUGGCUGAAGCUCCCGAAACGAGGGGGUACAAACACUGUCACAGUCAGUGUGGCACCCGUCACCAAGACAACCAUGCCACAAGUGUCUGCCGCUGAUAAUGAAAUGAGGAAAGCCUUCUACCAGGCCAGCAGUAUCAGCAGCAACACGGUGGCCCAGGACAUGGCCAGCGUCCUCCAGGAGAGGCUCAAGACUGUGGACGAGGCAGACAUAGAUGAGGAGGCACUAGGAGAGAGGAUGGACACGAUGCUGGACUUAAAGGAGAAGAUCAGGAAGAAAUUCAUUCCCCACAAUUGUGGCAAGAAGUGCAAGAAGAACAAUGACGAGGAGCUUGAGAAGCUGAAGGGCCGCAGUACGCUGCUCAAACCUCUACUGUGUGGAUGGGAGAGGCAUGUGUGUAAGCAGCGUCCAAGUGGCCGUCGUGUGGUCAUGUAUCAGGGUCCGUGUCAGAGACGACUCCGCUGUAUAGAGGAAGUGGACCUGUACCUUUGUGUCACUGACUCACCCCUCACCAUCGACCUCUUCUGUUUCGAUCCUGUGCUACAUGUACACACAGAGUUCGUGCCUGUCAAGACAUUUUGUGAUAUCAAAGAUUUGUCCUAUGGCAAGGAAGCUGUCCCGAUAUCAUGUAUCAAUGGAAUAGAUCGACAGUACCCUGACUAUGUGGAGUAUUCGAACCAGAGGAUCCCAGCCCAAGGGGUGAAGCUCAACCUUGACUCAGACUUCCUCAUGUGCUGUGACUGUACAGACAACUGUAGGGACAAGUCCAAGUGCCAGUGUUGCCAACUCACCAUUGAGCAUACUGAGGCUCUGGGGCCCAACUACAGAGACCCCUCAGCCGGCUACGACUUCCGCAGGCUGAAGGAGCCGAUAUUUACAGGUAUCUUUGAGUGCAAUCCCCGCUGUAAGUGUGACAGUCGCUGUCACAACCGCCUGGCACAGAAUGGACUUAGUCUUCGUCUCCAGGUGUUCAAGACAGAGAAAAGGGGGUGGGGCCUGCGUUGCCUUGACGACAUUCCAAAGGGAGGCUUCAUCUGUAUCUAUGCUGGUCAACUGUUGACAGAGGGUGGAGCGAAUGAGGAUGGUAAACAAUAUGGGGAUGAGUACUUGGCUGAGUUGGACUUCAUCGAGGUGGUGGAGCGUCAGAAGGAGGGGUAUGAGAGCGAUGUGGAAGAAGAUCAAGGCAUUGGGGAUGAUUCAGAUGCUGAAGAUGAAGGGGAUGAAGCAGUCACGAGUGAUACAUCUGACAGUGACUUUGCUGGUGAAGGAAAUGAACAGAACGUAGAGCACAAAGAGCAUGCCACCAGGAAAAGAAACAAAACGUCUAAGCUUGAAAGCCAGUCAAGCAUAGAGAGCUCGGACAGGAAAGAUGAAAAGUUAAAGAAGAUAGUAAUUAAGCGUGACUCUGCUGCGAGUGGGGACAACAAAGAAUGGUAUGAGAAGAAGACAGCUGCCUGGGUGGACAGCAUCUCCACUGAUCCCAACUCCGCGGACCCCAUCUCAACUGACUCCGUGUCUCACCCUAUCAUGAUUGAUGAUGAGGAAGAAGGUUCAGUUCCUGUGGACAAAGCUGAGAAGAAGGAGUCCAUGGAUUUUGAUGAGCUGCCGGACCUUGACCUUCCAGUGGAGAAGAAAGCGGUGGUAAAGGAAGUUACGCCAGAUAAACCUAAACCUCGACUGGCGAGGAAGUCCACGACAUCAGUUCAUUCAGAGUCCAAACAUCCAGAUGUUGAUGAGAAAAAGAUCAUCCCAGAUGUGAAAGAAGAAACUGAUUCAGAGACUGAGCCUCAGAAAAAUGAGAAACUUCUUGGUCGAGCCAGGAAAAGCACUGGUGGUUCUCGGUUUAAGAACUUACCGAACCCUCGAGCUCAGAUGGGGCGCAAGGGUGAUGACAGUAAGACACGUGAGUCAGAGAGUACCCCAACUGCCGGAGAGAAGAGGGAGAGUCAGGAUCAGCGGCCCGGGACCCGCUUCUACUUCCGUGAUGGUCAGACCUGCUAUAUCAUGGAUGCCAAGUCCAUGGGCAAUAUCGGCCGAUACCUCAACCACAGCUGCAGUCCGAACGUGUUUGUACAGAAUGUGUUUGUGGACACACAGGACCUCCGUUUCCCAUGGGUGGCCUUCUUUGCUGGACAGUAUAUCCGUGCGGGGACCGAGCUCACCUGGGACUACAACUAUGAAGUGGGUAGUGUCCCUGACAAGGUGCUGUACUGCUACUGUGGCUCCUCUCAGUGCCGCGGCAGGCUGCUCUAGAAACACUGUCUCCACAAACAAGGUGUUGGAGCAAUGGGUAAAGUGCAGGCUGCUCUAGAAACACUGUCUCCACAAACCGGGUGCUG